AUGUCUUCUGAACCAAAAGCCAUGGAACCAACAAAACUUACCCGUGACCAAGAAUGGGUCAUCCAGAUAAGCCGAGCCCUAGAAGAAGGCCUCGAAGACAACGAUGAGGCCGUUCCACUUGCCAUCUUCAACGUGCCCAAAACCCUAAUGUCCAUAAAACCAGAAGCAUACACUCCACAGCUCGUAGCCCUUGGUCCAUACCAUCACCGGCGGCUUGAACUCUUGGAGAUGGAGCACUACAAGCUCGCUUCAGCGAAAAGAGUGCAAAAUAACAUUAAACAAAUCAAAUUUCGAGAAUUGGCUAACAGCUUUGCGGAAAGGGAUGGGAUCAUCCGCUCUUGCUACCUCCGGUUCUUGAACUUCGAUCGAGAAACACUCGCAUGGAUGUUUGCCAUUGAUGCUUCAUUCUUGUUGGAGUGUCUCCAUAUCUACUCUCCCAAAAAGGGAGGCUCGCUUCUGCAAACCUCUUCUAAGAUGGGCCAUUUGAUCAACCACUCGAGGAAAAGAACCGCACACCAUGCAAUACUCAGAGAUAUUAUCAUGCUAGAAAACCAAAUCCCUCUCUUUUUGCUUAAAGAAGUCCACGGCUUUUAUCAGCAUGAAGAUCAUUUAGCCUCCACGCUUCUAGGUUUUUGCGAAUAUCUGUCACCCAUCAGCUUCAGUGGUCAAAAUUUCAGGGAAGAGUGUUUUGAGAGAGCCCAUCUGCUAGAUCUUCUCUACUACAUGGUUACGCCAGAAUUGCAUCUUGUAGCUGAUUGUGCGAAAGAGAAGAAGGAAGAUUUCCCAGAGAAUAUUCGCUGGUUUAAAAAAGUAUUGAAAUCAAUCUUGGCAGCGGUAUUUUACAUUAACUCGGCCUCGCUCCACCUAGUCAAGAAAAUUUGCAAGUCAAAAUCAAUCAAAGUUUUACUUGCACUACCAUUUACAAUCCUCUGUUGUAUUUUGAGUCGUGGAAAGAAGGGUGACAUAAACAGUCUAAUAUCGUCCGCGGGAAGCAUGGCCGACGAGGUGGAAAGUGCAUCUCAUGAGAUGAAAGGCGAAAGUCCUUUAGCCGAAGAGAUUGCAAUCCCAAGCGUGUCAGAGCUUUAUAACAUUGGUGUCAAAUUUCGCACAGCAAAGGGUGGUUUGGAAAAGAUAAAUUUUGAUAACUCUUCUGGUACAUUUUACCUUCCGGUUAUUCACUUGGAUGAUAACUCCGAGGUUGUGCUAAGGAACCUUGUGGCCUAUGAAGCAUGUAUUGCACCGGAGGUGAUGGUUGUAACACGCUACGCUGAGUUGAUGAAUGGAAUAGUCGAUACCAAGGAGGACGUGAAGAUUCUUCGAGAGGCAGGGAUCAUCGUGAACCGCCUCAAAAGUGAUGCGGAAGUGACAACUCUUUGCAAUGGGAUAACCAAGUCUGUGAGUUUAACGAAAGUUCCGAUUCUUGACAAGGCCAUUGAAGGUGCAAAUACAUAUUAUUCCAGGAGUUGGAAGGUGAGGAUGAAUGUGACCAUGAAGAAGUACGUCUUUGCUUCUUGGCCAUUCCUUACAUUUUUGGCUGCUAAUAUUCUGAUACUGCUGUCUAUCAUGGAGACAGCUUGUUCUAUGUACAAUUGCUCCAAAUUGCUGACACUGUGA